CAUGAAUGUUUAAAUUGUGAACGGCGUGACCUAAACGUUAAAUAUUUGGUGAGUUUGAAAACGAGUCAUUAUCUGGUAAAUGUGGUUUUAGCUAGGGUAUUGCAUUUAUUUUAAUAGAUGUAUGUACAUAUACGGCAACCAGAUGUGAAAAGGUGCCCUGUUUUGUUCGUUUAAUGUUAAAAUCGUCAUUAUGUUGUGCUACCUUGCCGGUUAGCUCAACAAAGCUAAUUUUGCUAACAUGCGCACCAAAUGCAGUGCUUUUGAUGUAGUAAUUUAGCCAAUUAUGUAGUUAUGUUUGCAAAUGGAUAACGUAACUAGUUAGUAUUGGAUAGCUAGCUAAUUAGUCGCACGCUAAUUUGUUAGCUAGGUACGUUAACUAGCUAACGUCGUUACGAAGUUUCAGUUGUUCUGCAAAUGCAUCAGGUGAAUAUAUUUUACGUGUUGUUUUUCAAUGGGAAGUUAGAUUGGCCAUUAACAAUCACAGCCACAUCAGAGAUGGCCAGCUAGUUAAGUAGUUUCCACCUUCUAUGCCACAGUGAUUAGAUCAAUUCCACAACUAAUCUGCAAUCUUAGUUCUUGUGCUAGUAACGUUAUUACAAACAUAACAUUGACAGUAUUCUUCCUGUAUGUUCCUCCACAGUCUGAAGACAUAUUUUCUGAGUGUUUGACCAGCUGUCCAGCAGGAGGAGGUGAGUGUUUGAGGGUGAGUGAAUCCAUCGCCCCGCAAAGAUGGAUUUCCAACACAGAGCUGGGGGCAAGACUGGGAGCGGUGGGGUGGCAUCCUCCUCGGAGAGCAACCGGGACAGGCGAGAGCGGCUCCGCCAGCUGGCCCUGGAGACCAUCGACAUCAACAAGGACCCCUAUUUCAUGAAGAACCACCUGGGCUCUUAUGAGUGUAAGCUGUGUCUGACCCUCCACAACAAUGAGGUAAGAAAGUGCUCAUAUUAACACAACAUAACUCUUCUCUUUAUAUGAUGUUCAAUUUAGGGCUGACCAACAACAUCAAAAAUCUUGGUCGACCAAUCGAUUGGUCAAAAUGUUAAAAUGUAUUAUAUGUGUUUUAAUAAAAUCAACUAUAUGUAGGCUACUGAGCUUGUCUGAUGCUUUAAGCACACUGAUUAAAUAAUUAUGACACACAAAUUACUUGAGGGAGCCAGAGAUCAAGAUAGCCGCGGCAGGUAGCUUAGUGGUUAAGAGCGUUGUGCCAGUAACCGAAAGGUCGCUGGUUCUAAUCCCCGAGCCGACUAGGUGAAAAAUCUGUCGAUGUGCCCUUGAGCAAGGCACUUAACCCUAAUUGCUCCUGUAAGUCGCUCUGGAUAAGAGCGUCUGCUAAAUGACGAAAAUGUAAAUGUAAUAGUAAAAAUGUAAAUGUAAUAGCCUAACCAGAAGAACUGUGGUCCUCUGUAGCUCAGCUGGUAGAGCACGGCGCUUGUAACGCCAAGGUAGUGGGUUCGAUCCCCGGGACCACCCAUACACAAAAAAUGUAUGCACGCAUGACUGUAAGUCGCUUUGGAUAAAAGCGUCUGCUAAAUGGCAUAUUAUUAUUAUUAUUAUUAUAAGAAGAAAAAAACUGUUCCCUACUCUCUUCCUCCUGCUUCUGCUGACCUUCGCAGAUUAUGCUGUUACGCUCCUGCUGUUACGCUCCUAAUAGGCCACACCAGGGGUCGGCAACCUUUUCCAUUUGGAGUGCCAAUUUUUCUUACCAUUUCUACCGAUCUGCGCGGCAGAUAUGAUUUUCAUAUGCACUAUUUCGUGGAACAGUUUAAUUUCAUUUAUAAUAAGUCUUCGUAUCUCAAAAUCAUUAUAAUGUGGUUAAUAAAAAUUCUAAAAGUAACUUCCAUUGCCAACGAUGUAAAAAAUAGCCUCCAUAAAGCCAACAAAUAAAAACAUUGCAGCCUGCAGGUAGCAAAUAUCUUGAUAAAAAUAAAUAUCCUAUAAAUCACAUUGGCUACACAUGGCCUGUCUGCAAGGAACUUGAAACAUUGUAUCAACUAUUAACUUGGGUCUGUCCUGAAGCUCACUCUAGCAAACUUGCAACACUGUAUAAAAUAUUCUGGGCCUUCAGAGUGUCCUGCUCCAGUGAGCUCCAGAUAGACAUAGCCGUAGGCUAUUUGCACAAGGGUUAAGAAGAAAUCAGGUAGGCCUAUUUUAUGACGUUUCCACCGGAUCAGAGCAUGACAUUCCCCCCCCCCCCCCUUUCAAGCUGAGUGGUUAUCAAAAGAGAGCUGGAAAUAUUUUUCAAAUAGGUUAUGUUGAGGAACUAUGUCAAUGGAUGUAUGAACAGACUUCGUUUACUUGCUGUUUGAGGUGAAUAAAAAAAUUACUUUGAGAAGUUCCGGUGGUGGGGAGUUAAGACAAUCAGAAAUACUAUCAGAUCCCCAAAUGGGCACAUUUAUAGGCCUACAUUUGCGCUCAGGCCAGGUAGCCUAGGCCUACUUCUAAGCAUAAUCGGGUGCGCAUCCUUACUCAAGAUUGACAGGAGUGGUCCAAACAAAAGACAAUGAAUAAAUUGAUAAAUCCUAAAUGGAAUGAAAUAAACCAAAACUUGUUUCUUACAAGUGUAGCCUAGGUUGUGCGCUCUGCAAACAACGUUUCCACUCCGACAAUGAGAACGGUAAAAUACAAAUAAUAUAUUGAAUGCGUUGAACAGAAAUUACCGUAACCAUACAAACAUUGUAGAUUAGAAAUUAUGGUAAUUAACGGUACAUGUACUCCUGGUGUGCAAUCCCCGCGGCCUCCACAAUGGAUUAGUCCACUGAGACAGGCUUGUAUGACAGGUGACUCGUGCCAUAAUAAAUAAAGAAAAAAAUUAUAUACUGUACCAGUCAAGUUUGGACACCUACUCAUUCAAGGUUACAUUGUAGAAUAAUAGUGAAGACAUCAAAACUAUGAAAUAACACAUGGAAUCAUUUAGUGACCAAAAAAGUGUUAAACAAAUCAAAAUAUAUUUGAGAUUCUUCAAAUAGCCACCCUUUCCCUUGAUGACAGCUUUGCACACUCUUGGCAUUCUCUCAACCAGCUUCACCUGGAAUGCUUUUCCAACAGUCUUGAAGGAGUUCCCACAUAUGCUGAACACUUGUUGGCUGCUUUUCCUUCACUCUGCCGUCCAACUCAUCCCAAACCAUCUCAAUUGGAUUGUCGGGGGAUUGUGGAGGCCAGGUCAUCAGAUGCAGCGCUCCAUCACUCUCCUUCUAAAAUAGCCCUUACACAGCCUGGAGGUGUGUGGGUUAUUGUCCUGUUGAAAACAAAUGAUAGUCCCACUAAGCCCAAACCAGAUGGGAUGGUGAUUUGCUGCAGAAUGCUGUGGUAGCCAUGCUGGUUAAGUGUGCCUUGAAUUCUAAAUAAAUCAGUGUCACCAGCAAAGCACCCCCACACCAUAACACCACCUCCUCCAUGCUUUACGGUGGGAAAUACACAUGUUGAGAUCAUCCGUUCACCCACACCGCGUUUCACAAAGACACGGCGGUUGGAAGCAAAAAUCUCCAGUUUGGACUCCAGACCAAAGGACAAAUUUCCACCGGUCUAAUGUCCAUUGCUCGUGUUUCUUGGCCCAAGCAAGUCUCUUCUUAUUGGUGUCCUUUAGUAGUGGUUUCUUUGCAGCAAUUUGACCAUGAAGGUCUGAUUCACACAGUCCCCUCUGAAUAGUUGAUGUUGAGAUGUGUCUGGUGACUUGAACUCUGUGAAGCAUUUAUUUGGGCUGCAAUUUCUGAGGCUGGUAACUAAUGAACUUAUCCUCUGUAGCUGAGGUAACUCUGGGUCUUCCAUUCCUGUGGUGGUCCUCAUGAGAGCCUGUUUCAUCCAUAGCGCUUGAUGGUUUUUGCGACUGCACUUUGAAGAAACUUUCAAAGUUCUUGACAUUUUCCGUAUUGACUGACCUUCAUGUUUCAAAGUAAUGAUGGACUGUCAUUUCUCUUUGCUUGUUUGAGCUGUUCUUGCCGUAAUAUGGACUUGGUCCUUUACCAAAUAGGGCUAUCUUCUGUAUACCCCUCCUACCUUGUCACAACACAACUGAUUGGCUCAAACGCAUUAAGAAGGAAAUAAAUUCCACAAAUUAACUUUUAAGAUGGCACACCUGUUAAUUGAAAUGCAUUCCAGGUGACUACCUCAUGAAGCUGGUUGAGAGAAUGCCUAGAGUGUAUAAAAUAUAUUUUGAUUUGUUUAACACUUUUGGUUACUACAUGAUUCCAAAUGUGUUAUUUCAUAGUUUUGAUGUCUUCACUAUUAUUCUACAAUGUAGAAAAUAGCAAAAAUAAAGAAAAACCCAUGAUUGACUAGGUGUUCUAAAACUUUUGACCGUCAGUGUAUUUGCGACUGCUCGACCAAAAAAAAGUAUUGGUCGACCAACAGCCUAUCGACCAAACAAUCGACCAGUCGGCUAAAUGGGGUCAGCCCUAGUUCAAAGGUUCAUUUCAAUUCAUGAUCUUAAACGUUUUCUCUUUACAGGGCAGCUAUCUGGCCCAUACACAGGGAAAGAAGCAUCAGACUAAUUUGUAAGUACACAUCUGUUACUACUUUAUUUGUUGUGUCUUUAAUUGAAGCGCUUUCUAUAUUUGGUGUUGCUCACUUCCCUGUUUUGUUGAAUGCAGAGCGAGAAGAGCAGCUAAAGAAGCAAAAGAAGCCCCUGCCCAGCCAGCCCCCGAAAAGGUCAAGGUUGAGGUCAAGAAAUUUGUGAAGAUUGGUCGACCGGGAUACAAAGGUAGGUAAUUAUGUGUUUUGAUGUUAGUUAGUCAUCAAGGAUUCAAUGACUCCAAAACAAUGUUAUGAACUGUCAGGGUUUUCCCCAGGAUUUUUUAAAACAAGGUGGUGCUGAUGAAUUGGGGGGGGGGGGGUGCGCAGUGGCCCAUCUUUGAACACCUGUAAAUGCAAAAUUUCUGCAAUCUGGAGCAAAAGCGUCCUUAAAUGAUAACAAAUAAAGUAAAAAAGUGGCGCAGCCAGUCCACAAGGUGGCGCUGCGCCCCUCUUACAUUCUUUGUGGAGAAUCGUGGAGCUGAACUGAUAUUAUUUCCCUUGUCAACAGUAACCAAGCAGAGAGAUCCAGAGAGUGGGCAACAGUCUUUACUUUUCCAGGUGAGACAUGGACAUAAUUAACAUAGGUCAGAUCAAUGGAGUGAAACCAAUUUCUACUAUUUUCUGAGUCUUGGGACACACUGGCUACCUAGACUAAAUGUCCUCCUCCUCCCCUAUCAGAUUGAUUACCCAGAGAUAGCAGAGGGCAUAGGACCCAGGCAUCGCUUCAUGUCUGCAUACGAGCAGCGCAUCGAGCCCCCAGACCGUCGUUGGCAGUACCUUCUACUGGCUGCAGAACCCUAUGAGACCAUCGCCUUCAAGGUGUGUGUCUUCAUUUGGGACCUAAGGGAAUCCCCAAUCACUCCAAUCUGUCUAUGCCUCGUACUGUUUUCCUGUGAAUGACAAAUCAUAUCUUUUUUGUAUAUUCUGUAUUUCUGCAGGUGCCAAGCAGAGAGAUUGAUAAAGCCGAGAGUCGCUUCUGGACCCACUGGAACAAAGAUACAAAACAGGUAUAGUACUGGUGAUGACAGUCCCAUGGAUGGUCAUAUCUUUUGGAGGAUAUUUGGGUAUUAAUAGAAUCCAACUGAAUGUACACAUCAUGCAAUUUCUCUUGCCCCCCCCCCCCCCCCCUCCCCCUCCCCCCCCCUGUAUCUCUCCAGUUCUUCCUCCAAUUCCACUUCAAGAUGGAGAAAUCCCUCGCUCCACCCAGCGGACCCGUACCCCCCAUGGGUGUAAAGCGUCCCCCUCCCCUGAUGAGUGGGAUGGGGCCUCGACCCCCCAAUGAGGCCAUGCCCCCUCCACCCCCAGGGGGGAUGCAUAUGCCCCCCUUGCCCCCUGGUGCCCCUGGCCCUCCCCAGAUGCACCACCACCAUCAGAUGCAACACGGUGGCCCCGGGAUGGGCAUGCCACCCCCGAUGAGACCCCCGCUCCCCUCUGACGGCCAUGGAGGAAUGCCCCAUCAAAACAACUGAUCAUUCUGUUAGAUUAUGUUUGCCUAUCGUUUGGUUGCUAUUACACUACAGUGCUCCGUCAUUGGACUGUGUCAAGUGGACUGUUUCAACGUCCAAUAUACAGUUUCUAAACUGGAUGAAACGUUGAUUACCCACAUGCUUUUCUACCCAUGGACCAUAUUCAGUAGGUUUUGUACACAGUUGCCAAGGAUUAUUAUUUUUUUGUCAUACUGAAAAUUGUCUCUGGCAGCAUCCACACUAGCAUACUACUCAGAAUGAAGCAGUGUACAUGUAAUGGUCAUGCAUUCUAAAUGUUCAGCUAGUGUGGAUAUUGUAAGGUAGUCAUUGGUUGUAAGGUAGUCAUUGGUUGUUUUGAGAGUACUGUAAUAGCACCAGUAUGAAUAGCUUCCCCUGUAUUGUAGAUGUUGAGCCUUCUGUAUGAAACAACAUCUUUGUGAAGAUCCACAACUCAUCUUUUUUUUAAGAGUUAUUUUUUUUAAAUAAUAAAAGUGAGUUGUAUCUUA